AUGCCCCGGAGUGACGCUCUGGAUACCCUUGCCGGGCGUGCCCCAGAAAUACAUGGGCCGGCCCUCAUCUCUCUCCUGGGUCGAGGCCGACGACCUCAUCUGCUCCUGAUGGACCCGUUCCGCCCUCUCGCUGUGCUUGCAGACUACGCCGGAGCUGUAGUAUCUGACGCAGCCGUCCAGGCAACCGGCUCUCUGGGCAUCCUCUUCGGUGCACUCGACGGUCCGCAGCCAUUUCUGCCCCCAUCUGGCCUCAACGACGUCGAAGAUGUCGCCAGGGCUGGCAGCAAGCGGCGCGGCGGCGGCGGUGGCGAGCAAGCUGGCGAGAAGGAAGAUGUUGCUGACGAGCAUAUUGAUUUGCAUGGCGAGGCCGGUAGUAUUAGUCUCGAGUGGUGGGGGGUAGAUCCGGAUUGA